AUGAAAAAAAAAUAUAAAGUUAAUGAUCUGUCCAGUGUUGAGUUCACAAAAAAUGUGCCUGGAAGUGAUAAAGACAGCUCAUCUGAGGCAGAAUCAAAGACAGAAGAGUUGCCUAACAUCUCAUUCUUCACACUGUUUAGAUUUGCGACUACCAGAGACAAGGCCUUCGUAUUUUUUGGGAUACUAUGUUCGAUAUUAUGUGGAGUAACAACACCAAUAAACACCCUGCUGUUCGCCUCUUUACUACAAAGUAUGGUAGACUAUGGCAUAUCUGUCAUUAUGGGUGAACCUCAAAACGAUGAGUUCCUCAGAGAUGUCGGUCUUUUCGCCUUGUACAACUGUUUAGUUGGAGCUAUACUUGUUACGUUGUCAUAUGCAGCCACAGUACUUAUGAACGUUUCCGCUUAUAAUCAGGUAUACAAAAUACGUCAAGAAUAUCUCAAAGCGGCGUUGAACCAGGAUUUUGAGUACUUCGAUAUGCAUCAAACUGGUGAUUUCGCGUCUAAAAUGACUGACGACGUCGUGAAAUUGGAGGAAGGCAUCGGUGAGAAAUUGGGCACGUUUGUCUUCUAUCAGUCGUCUUUUGUUAGCUCCAUAGCGAUGGCUCUUAUAAAGGGAUGGAAACUCGCAUUACUUUGCCUGAUAACAUUCCCCGUAACUUUGUUUUUGGUUGGCAUCGCUGGACUGAUUGCAUCGAGACUGUCUAAAAAAGAGGCUGUGGCAUCUGGUAAAGCUGGGGCCGUGGCAGAGGAGGUGUUGUCCGCUGUGCGAACCGUUUACGCUUUCAGUGGACAAGAGAAAGAGAUAGACAGAUACAGGACGUAUCUGGAUGAGUCUAGAAGUAUCAAUAUCAAAAAAGGAUUCUUCACCGGCUUGGCGAUGGGAUUCCUAUUCUUCUGUAUAUUUUGCUCCUACGCUAUGUCCUUUUGGUUCGGCUAUAAACUGAUGGUGGAUGAGCCGGAGAAUUACGACGUUAACACCAUGGUAGCGGUUUUCUUCGGUGUUCUGAUGGGCUCCGCAAAUUUCGGUAUAUCGUCCACUCUGAUGGAGGUGUUCGGUAUAGCGCGUGGUGCCGGCGCCCAGAUCUUCAACCUCAUCGACCAGGUGCCCACAAUCAAUCCGCUGAUGAAUCGUGGCGUGGUGCCCGACUCAAUAGAAGGCAACAUCGAAUUGAAAGACGUCUACUUCCACUAUCCCUCCAGACCUGAUGUGCCCGUCUUAAAAGGCGUGAACCUGAGCGUGAAGCGCGGGCAAUCGGUGGCGCUGGUGGGUCACUCGGGUUGCGGAAAGUCCACCAUCAUCCAACUCAUAUCGCGCUGCUAUGACAUCGUCGACGGCAGCGUGCACGUGGACGGGAACGACGUGAGGAACCUGUCAGUGCGCUGGCUGCGCGACCAGAUCGGCCUGGUGGGGCAGGAGCCGGUGCUGUUCAACACCACGGUCCGGGAGAACAUACGUUACGGGCGCCCCGAAGCGACCGACGCUGAAAUCGAAGCAGCCGCUAAGCAGGCCAACGCGCACCGCUUCGUCACGAAACUGCCGGCGGGGUACGACACAUUGGUGGGCGAGCGCGGCGCCUCGCUGUCUGGUGGACAAAAACAGAGAAUCGCCAUCGCCCGUGCGCUGAUACGCAACCCGCGCAUAUUGCUGCUCGACGAGGCAACCAGCGCUUUAGACACAUCGUCCGAAUCCAAAGUGCAAGCCGCACUUGACAGGGCUCAGGAAGGUCGAACAACUAUUGUCGUCGCUCAUAGGCUAUCGACUAUAAGAAACGUAGACCUAAUCUACGUUUUCAAAAGUGGUACAAUCAUCGAGUCCGGAAAUCACGAAGAACUUAUGAAGAGCAGAGGUCAUUACUAUGAUAUGGUAAUGAUACAGUCAUCGCCGGAGAAUGACGAGGCUUCAGAUGGGUCACGUGUGUUAGCAAGGAAAGAAUCUGAAAUGGUCGAGGAAGACGAAGAUGAAGAAAUAAAGACGAAAAUAGAAGAGAAGGAAGACAUCGAGAAUGAGGCACGGUCAUCGUUCUGGCGCGUGGUACGUCUCAACUCACCCGAAUGGAAGUCAAUAACCGCAGCAAGUCUGUUUUCGGUGUGUAGUGGAUUCGGCAUGCCCCUUCUGGCUGUAAUCCUUGGUGACUUCAUCGGUGUCUUAUCCAAUCCCAACUCUGACGAAGUGCUAGCAGAAAUACAAAGGUUUGCCCUCAUUUUCGUCGGUAUAGGCGUGUUCACGGGAAUCUCCAAUUUCAUAACGGUGUUUUUCUACGCGAUAGCUGGGGAACAUCUCACGGCGCGUCUGAGGCUCUUAAUGUUUGACAAAUUGCUACAACAAGAAAUUGCGUUUUACGACGACAAGAACAAUUCGACGGGGGCUCUUUGCGCGCGUCUCUCCGGUGAAGCGGCUACAGUACAGGGGGCAACCGGACAAAGGAUAGGGACUGUGCUACAGGCAGUUGGGACCUUCAGUUUUGCAUUAACCCUUUCACUGAUAUACGAAUGGAGGGUAGGAUUGGUGGCACUGACUUUUGUACCGGUGCUGUCGGCUAUACUCUACAAAGAGGGUCGUUUAGUUAGCGCCGAAUCGUUUGGAACGGCACAAACGAUGCAAAGCAGCUCCAAGGUGGCAGUAGAGGCGGUGGCCAACGUGCGCACUGUCGCCUCUCUAGGCAGAGAGGAGACCUUCGUCAGCGAAUACGCUCGCCAACUGACGCCCGCCCUCCACGCCGCAAAGCGGAUCACGCACUGGCGAGGCCUCGUCUUCGGUCUAUCCAGAGGUCUCUUCAACUUCGUCUACGCAGCCGCCAUGUACUACGGCGGCACGCUGAUGGUUUACGAGAGCGUCGACUACGCUGUCGUCCUCAAAUCGGCUCAAGCGCUACUAAUGGGUGCCUCGAGCGCGGCUCAAGCUUUCGCGUUUGCUCCAAACUUCCAGAAAGGCAUCAAAGCAGCGGGACGCAUUAUCGUCCUGUUAAACAAACAAUCCACGAUACAGGACCCGGACAAGCCUGCCGUUGAAAACUUUAAAGGCACAGGGGAGGCAAGUCUUCAAAAGGUGGAGUUCAGGUAUCCGACGCGUCCCCUGAUUCAAGUGCUCAAAAAGUUCGAUCUGGAGAUCGAACAGGGGAAGACUUUCGCUUUGGUGGGCGCCAGUGGUUGCGGGAAGAGCACCGUUAUCCAACUCCUUCAGAGGUAUUACGAUCCCGACGCAGGCAUAGUGGCAUUUGAUGGUAUACCGCUACCGAAGCUACGGCUAAAUGACGCCCGACAGGCGAUCGGCUUCGUACAACAAGAGCCUAUCCUGUUCGAUAGAACUAUUGGUGAAAACAUCGCGUACGGUGAUAACUCGCGCAAACCGAACAUGGACGAGAUCGUAUCAGCGGCGAAGCAAGCGAACAUUCACAAUUUCAUUGUUUCAUUGCCUAUGGGCUACGACACAAACAUUGGCUCCAAAGGCACCCAGUUGUCGGGCGGUCAGAAGCAGCGAAUUGCGAUUGCCCGCGCACUAAUACGGCGACCGAAAAUGCUACUCCUAGACGAAGCGACGAGCGCUUUGGACACCGAAAGCGAGAAAGUGGUGCAGGACGCGCUUGACGCUGCUAAGGCCGGUCGCACGUGCGUGAUGAUCGCCCACCGACUGAGCACGGUUCGCGACGCGGACCUCAUCUGCGUUUUGCGGGACGGCAACGUCGCGGAGAGCGGCACCCAUUCCGAGCUCAUGCGCGCCCAAGGACUCUACUACAAACUCAACCUACAAGGUCACGCG